GUGCCGGGCGGGGCGGGCAGUUUUCUGGCGGCCGCUGCCCGGAGGCGUCCGGCCGGGGCCUUGCCGGGUGCCGCGAUGGCGAAGGCGAAGGCCCCCGCGUCCACGCGCGCCCCGAGCAGCCCCGUGGCGAAGUCAGGGCUUGUCACGAAGCUGGCUCAGAAGAACAAGAAGAAGAAAAAAAGGUUCUGGAAAAGCAAGGCGCGAGGAGCAAGCGCGAAGCCGGGAAGCGCCGCCGGUGUUGCGGUGCGACCUCCGCAGGCGCCGGAAGACUUUUCUCGAAACUGGAAGGCGCUGCAAGAGCUGCUGAAACAAAAAUCGCAGGCCCCAGAAAAGCCUCUUGUUAUCUGUCAUAUGGGUUCCAAAAAGCAGCCCGAGAUUAUCCAGCGAAACAGAAAAGAGAUCUCAGAUAAAGGAAGGAGAGAUGAGAUGUCAACAGAAAAAGACCAAGAGGCCACCGGGGGCUCUAUUCCUGCAGGAUCCAAGGUGGACAGGAAGGCGCCAGUACCUCCCAUGAAGGCCAGUGGAGCAGAGCACAAUGAGAAGGAAACCAAGAAAAGGACAAAUGGUGACAUUUCUCCAAAACAAGGGGAUAUCAAGCAUAAGAAGUGGAAAGCUCAGGAGGUGGCAGCCUCAGCCCCGCCCACUGAGGAAGACAUCUGGUUUGAUGAUGUGGACCCAGGGGAUAUCGAAGCUGCGCUAGGCCCAGAGGCAGCCAAGAUAGCAAGGAAGCAGCUGGGUCGGAGUGAAAGCAGCGUCACCCUCGUGAAGGAGCAGGCCUUCGGCGGCCUGACGAAGGCCUUGGCCAUGGACUGUGAGAUGGUGGGCGUGGGCCCCAAGGGGCAGGAGAGCAUUGCUGCCCGCGUGUCCGUCGUGAACCAGUACGGCAGGUGCGUCUACGACAAGUAUGUCAAGCCCACCGAGCCCGUGACGGACUACAGGACCGCGGUCAGCGGGAUACUGCCCGAGAACCUCAAACAGGGAGAAGAAUUUGAAAUUGUUCAGAAGGAAGUGGCAGAAAUGUUGAAGGGCAGAAUUCUAGUUGGGCAUGCACUGCAUAAUGACCUAAAGGUGCUGUUUCUUGAUCAUCCAAAAAAGAAGAUUCGGGAUACACAGAAAUAUAAACCUUUCAAGAGUCAAGUGCAGAGCGGACGGCCAUCUCUGAAACUGCUUUCAGAGAAAAUCCUGGGCAUCAGGGUCCAGCAGGCAGAGCAUUGUUCGGUGCAGGACGCGCAGGCGGCCAUGAGACUGUACGUCAUGGUGAAGAAGGAGUGGGAGAGUACGGCCGGGGACAGGCGCCCCCCAGCAGCCGCUCCAGACAACCACACCGACAAUGCCUGACAGCCCCUGCCCUGCUGCUGGCGCUGCCCCUCCCACAGCCCUGUGGUGGCUCCUGAUCCCCAGGCAGUGUGACCAAAGCACAGGGACACAUCAGGUCACCCUGCUCUGGUGGAGCACGGCACACACGUUCCUGGACACUUCCUCCUUGACUGUGGUCUGAAACCUGACCUUACUGCUGUGUGUUCGGGGGCAGGAUGGCAGGGAUGUAGCAGGGGAGGAAGUUGGCAGGUUGGCGACACCACCGUCUGCUGAGCACUAGAGCAGGAGUGGGACGUGUGGGCUGUUGGCCUGCCCGUGCCGCCAUUGCCCAUCCGACGGGCUUUGGUGGGAUUCACCCUGGGUCCAAGGGCAGGACACACCCUGGGUGCUCAGCGUCUUCCUCUGAGGAGGCCCCUUUUCCUCUGUGGUCUGGGGGAUGUGAUGAGCUGUGCUGGACUGAGGGGACCCGGGCCAGGGUCUGCAGUUAGCUGGGACGCGGCCGGCGGUACAGCAGUUGCUUCACUGGGAGCGUCCUGCGGCCGUUGGGAGUGUGAGAGGCUUCCUGGGGGGUGGUGUUCCUUUCUCAUUCCCGCUUCUCCCAGUUGGCCCAGGCUUGGCAGGUGGGCGCAUGCCCCAUAGGAGCUUCUGCCCACAGCGUGACUACAUGCGGAGCCUCCGUCCCCUGGAGGCUGGGGAACCUGCUGACCUUGGGCUGCUUGCUCUGGAAAAGCCAUGUGAGCUCUCGGGGGCCAGUGGCGCUGACAAGUGAAUAAAGCCUAAGGCUUUCUUGAGUCGCCCCGCGGCCAUACAGAACUGGCGCCAGCCCCUGAGGAUGUUACUCAGCAUAGAUGCAGAUGUUUGCUUUGAAUAUAUGUGAGGUUUGGUGUCUUCCCUCAUUGGAAUGGUCCAAAAGGACCCCGUGUCCAGACUGCUGCCUGGCCCCGCCCGCAGCAAGGUGUGUGUAGACGCAGGGUUAAGGGCCCCCGCUGCAGCCACUGCCAGUCCCCGGAAACAGGCACACCAGGAAUGGCCUUGGGCCUCUUUAUUGGUCACUUCAGAGUGUGAGAUACACAUACCAGUCCCAGUGACCAUUCUCUGCCCCACCCCCCAGCACCCCCCAGGAAAACAUCACCCCCACCACUGGGCAGCUCUGGCUAUGCAGGGCCAGGAAGGGCGGGCACUUCAGGGCAGGGGGAGAGGGCGCUCGUGGAGGAGGGGGGCCUCUGGGGUGCCCGCCUCCUCGCUGGCGCCAGUGCCCGGAGGCUUCCCUUCCAGGGGACAGGCAAGUGUGGCUGACGCCGCCUCCAGCCUCAGAAGCGCUUGCUCCACGUAAGAAACCAGGUCCUGGGAGGAGGAGGCAAGCAGGCCAGUUGUCAUGGGCAGUUCCAGAUCCCAAGCAUGCACUUGUGUGACUUAAUCCACUGAUGAUGGACAGGAAACUUACUUUGAAAAGGUCUGAUCAUCCCUCCCCUUUAGGAUUGAUUUUGGCCCAGUCACAGAGAUGGGAAAAUAGUCAUUAAAACUAUACAUGUGGAGAUCGA